CUGAACGGCUGUUUCUACGAUCCCUUCCUCAUUUUACGACACUUAAGAUGGCUGCGCCCACGGCUCCAUGAGAUCAUCUGGGCAGUUCAGGGUGGGGGAAAUUGCUGGAGUGUCCGUUGGUUGAAAUGAGGAGUUUCUAGACAGUGACUUUCAGGUGUUUACAGCACAGAAGGGAUUGCAAGCAACGGUGUCGGCAGCGUCAGGAAGGCUGCGUGAGCCAGGAGUGAGGCGCGCCUCGCGGGGUAGUCCAGAGGCAGGAGGGGGUCCCUGGAGAAGCUGGAGUGUGCCAUGCCAGUCAAUAUUGCUAAAGGAGAUCAGGAGUGGAAAGAGGGCAGUUUGUAGAAUCUGUGGGUUCUAUUUGCCUUUUAUAGAAAAGGAAAUCUGGCUUCCCUUGGGGACGCAGUUGUGGCUUAGUGUUUGGCUUCUCCUACGUGUUUGAAAGGUCGACGAGGAUGGGUCUCGUGAGGCUGUCACCUUUUCCUAGAUGUUGCUUUCAGUUAUUUUCACGGUUUGGGGCGGGAGGAGAAAAGGGGAGGCCGCGGCGGUGCCUUUUUUCCGGCUCUCCGACGUCAGCUUCUCACUGGAGCAAGGUGGUUUCUGAUGCCGAGAAGAUUGUGGGCUAUCCGACCUCCUUCAUGAGCCUUCGCUACCUUCUGAGCGACGAGCUGAGCAACAUCGCCAUGCAGGUGCGCAAGUUGGUGGGUACCAAGCACCCGCUGCUCAACACUGCCAGAAGUUUUGUUUAUGACAGCAGAAACAAUCUACAGAUGCGAGGUCUGGUGGUUUUACUUAUUUCUAAGGCAGCUGGGCCCAGUAACAUAGCAGACAUCCCUCGUCAGAAAGACAUGAUCAGUGGGAUAUAUUCUAGCCAACGAAGUCUGGCAGAAGUUACAGAGCUGAUCCACACGGCUUUCUUAGUACAUCGUGGGAUAGUCAAUGUUGGUGAACUGACAUCCUUGGAUGGCUCAUUGAAGGAUAUGCAAUUUGGGAAUAAAAUGGCUGUCCUGAGUGGUGAUUUUCUUCUAGCAAAUGCUUGUACAGUCCUAGCUCAGCUACAGAAUACGAAGGUUGUAGAGAUCAUGUCAAGUGCCAUUGGUGAAUUGGUACAAGGGAUAUAUUGUGAGAAUUCUAACUUAGCAAAGGAAAAUGGUCUCACAGAUGACAUUGGAAUAUCAAUGUGGGAAGAACAAAUUUUCCUAUCUCAUAGUGCCUUGCUAGCAAAGAGCUGCCAAGCUGCAAUGGAGUUGGCAAAGCAUGAUGCAGGGAUCCAGAAUAUGGCAUUUAAGUAUGGAAAGCACAUGUCUAUGAGUCAAAAGCUAAAUGUCGACAUUCAGCCAUUUGUUAAAGAAAGUGGUAAUGGUACAGUGGCCUUCAGUUUAAAUUCUGCUCCAGUCGUUUUCCAUCAGGAACUCGUUGGAAGAGAAGCCUGGAUGAAGCAGAUUAGAGAGGUGCAGAUUAAAGGAAGUUUACUAGACUAUACUGAGUUGCAAGAUGCAAUCAAGGCUGGCAAAGGUGUGACUUCAGCUAUUGACCUAUGUCGUUUCCAUGGAAACCGAGCAUUGGAGGCUCUGGAGUGUUUCCCUCCCUCUGAGGCUAGAUCUGCUUUAGAAAACAUUGUUUACGCUGUGACAAGAUUUUCGUGAUGCACAGUUGGAAAAAAAGAAAUUAUUGUUCAUCUACCAUGUAACAGAUAAUAAUUAAAAAGUUGAAAUUUGCUA